UUCCUACUUUACUGGUUGUUUCCGGACAAGUAAUUAUGUAACACAGUCUGUCUGACUCUCGCAAGCAUCCGCUGUAGUUUGCAGGAUUACGAAAGCAUGACUAGCUAGUGACUUAAAUGUAGGCUAACUGCGCCAGUGGAAGUAGCCAGAUGGCCUUGUUUAGAUGGCCUAUUUAGGACCUCGGCUGAGACAGUCACGCAUCGUUGUUCCCUGUGUGUCCGCAUUCAGACUGCUCGGUACGGCCGGGAUGGCUGACAUGGGUCUGGCGAUGAGUCGUUCCCCGCUGGAGCGGCUCGACUUCGACAACGUCGCCCUCAAGAAACUUCCCCUGGACUCGUCCGAGGAGCCUGGGGUGCGACAGGUGAAAGGAGCGUGUUUCUCCCUGGUGAAGCCGCAACCGUUGACCAAGCCCCGGUUCGUGGCUGUGUCACACGAAGCCCUGGCGCUGCUGGGGCUCAACGGAGAGGAAGUCAUGAACGACCCGUUGGGGCCGGAGUACCUUAGCGGAUCCAAAGUCAUGCCCGGAUCCGAGCCCGCAGCUCACUGCUACUGCGGCCACCAGUUCGGCCAGUUUGCUGGGCAGUUGGGCGACGGGGCAGCAUGCUAUCUGGGGGAGGUGAAGGUGCCACCCGGCCAAGAUCCAAAACUGCUGCAUGAAAACCCGAGUGGCCGGUGGGAGAUCCAGGUGAAAGGAGCUGGACUGACUCCUUUUUCCAGAACAGCUGAUGGGCGUAAGGUCCUGCGCUCCAGCAUAAGAGAGUUCCUGUGCAGCGAGGGGAUGUUCUUCCUGGGUGUUCCCACCACCAGAGCGGGCUCCGUGGUGACCUCGGACAGCAAGGUGGUACGAGAUGUGUACUACAGCGGCAACCCUCGCCACGAGAGGUGCUCUGUGGUCGUCCGAAUUGCUCCCACCUUCCUCAGGUUUGGAUCCUUUGAGAUCUUCAAGCGGGCCGACGAGCACACGGGCCGCCAGGGUCCCAGCUACGGACGUGAUGAGAUCCGAGGUCAGAUGAUGGAUUACGUCAUUGAGAUGUUUUACCCUGAGAUCAAGCAGAAUCACCCAGAUAGGGUGGAGAGAAACGUGGCUUUCUUCAAAGAGGUUGUGCGCCGCACGGCUCGACUCGUGGCUCUGUGGCAGUGCGUAGGUUUCUGCCAUGGAGUCCUCAACACAGACAACAUGAGCAUUCUGGGACUCACGGUGGACUAUGGUCCAUACGGCUUUAUGGACAGGUUUGAUCCCGACUUCAUUUGCAAUGCCUCCGACAACUCCGGCCGGUACUCCUACCAGGCCCAGCCGGCUAUCUGCAGGUGGAACCUGGUGAAGCUGGCGGAGGCUCUUGCUCCAGAGCUGCCCCCCGACCGGGCUGAAGCCGUCAUGGACGAGUAUCUGGACCUGUAUAACGGCUUCUACCUAGACAACAUGAGGAAGAAGCUGGGCUUGUUGAAGAAGGACGAGCCCGAGGACGAGAUCCUGAUCACUGAGCUGUUGCAGACCAUGCACAACACAGGUGCUGACUUCACCAACACCUUCCGUAGCUUGAGUCAGAUUUCCUGUCCCACUGGCGGACAAAGCGAGGGAGAAGACGAGCUUGUGAAGAGCGCCACAGACCUCCUGCUGGAGCAGUGUGCCUCCUCAGAGGAGCUCAAGGCCGCCAACAAACCCACCAUGGACCCACGUGAGCUGGCAAUGCUGCUCUCCAUGGCUCAGAGCAACCCAGCGCUGUUCCAGAUGAUCUCAGACCAGACGACAAUCGCAAGGCAGUUAGAGAGACUCAGCAGACUGAAAGACCUGAUGGAGACCAGCCAGGAAGAGCUGAAAACCCAACAGGCGGAGGAGUGGAGCCGCUGGAUCACACGCUAUAGGAAGCGCCUGGCGCGGGAGAUGGAGGGCCAGAGUGACGUGCAGGCGGUGCAGGAGGAGAGGGUGGCGGUGAUGGACAGCACCAACCCCCGCGUGGUGCUCAGGAACUACAUCGCCCAGAAUGCAAUCGAGGCUGCUGAGAAUGGAGAUUUCUCUGAGGUCCAGCGAGUCCUCAAGGUCCUGGAGAAACCUUUCUCUCCGCAGCCAGGUCUGGAGCUGCCUGCACGGGGGGGCGGAGGCCCGGCCACCGAACGGGGAGAGAGGGACGAAGGAGAGGAGCGACUGCCAGCGUCUGCAUCCGCAGCCAGACAUCCUGUUCCCUAUGACAGCAAGCCCCCAGCUUGGGCCCAUGAAAUCUGUGUCACAUGAUCUUCAUAAUAACUUCCUUGAUUGUUUGCUUUCCUGCCUAAAAUGAUUAGAGAGUUUGUAUUUUUGUACCUCUUCUACUCACUUUACAACUCUCUAUUGCAUUGGCAGGCAGCGUCAGGGAAGUUAGCAUGAGUCCCGGCACCCCACAGGGUUCCUAGCUGAUCCAAGGCAGACAGGGAGCGAGUGGAGUUUAGUUGUACCAAUGCGUACAGAUGUGAUGGUGGAAAUCUUUUUACCGUGUCUGAAAUGUGCCAGGGCGUAGCUUUUUUUAAAGGAUUAUGUUUGACAUCUCUGCUUAAAACGUUUGUCUGCCUCAACAUCAGAAGUGACUUAAAAUGAGGAAUUUGAUGGAUGUUUUUGUGGAGGCCGUUGAACGAAAAAAAGAAAGAAAAUAACUGGCACAUAA